AAUGCCGCCGAUCGCCCACCCACUCUACCGCACACUAAUGCUCACACACAGACACACUGCCGUCUGAAAUACUGACACGGUAUUAAGUGUUUCACAAGUGCAGAGUUUUGACAUAGGUUGGCUCUCCUCAGUGAAGAAGUCACAUGCAACAACCUGCACAUGCUUUGCACACACUAUGUUGUGUUUGUGUACACUUUAAUGACUCCCUACCACUGCAAUAGUUCUCUUUGCAUAAUGUUCUUGGAAAAAUGUGUUUUUAGAUGCAUUCAUAAUCGAUGAAUCCCUCAAAUAUUUCUCACGUUAUUCAAACAAUUAUAUUCCACGACAGAACAAAGUAAAACAAUUCUAUUGACCCAAGCUCCGACCAGCUCUCCCAAAAUCCAUUAUAUAGAAGUCACAAUGCCGGAUUACUAAGAAAAAAGAUGAACACCUGCAUAUUUAAGAAAAUGGAUCCAAUGAAUGAUUAGUGAUGAAUAUUAACUUCACCAAAUGAUCGAUUCUUAAACUAAUCCUCUCAGCACUUCUUUGCAUGUUCUUAUUGUAGGGUCAUUCUUCUUUUAGGGUUAAAAAAAAAAAAACACUUCACAUAGUCAUAGGAAUUUACAUUCAUAUUUUUUCAUACAGCAUGAAAUGUCAGGAUAAUGAGCAUGCUGCAACUGUAAAGUAGAUCUUGGAUUUUAGAAAUGGUUUGCAGAUUUAGUCCAUCUAUAUAACUGACAUGCUGAGGAGCAAAGGUUGCCUCUUUAAAGUGCACCAAAAGCAUUUCUUAAUGUCCCUGUUUUACGGUCAUGUACGGGUAGUUUUCUUUUUUUUUUACAAGUCGCCGGCGCAAAUUAAAUCUCAAGUAAAGAACAAAGACAGGAAAACAAAGACCUGUAGUGAUAUCUCAGAAGAGUCAAAUCACCACUACUAUAUUUGUUGGUAAUAUCUCUGAAACUAUUGGUGUGCUUUUUGUGUGGAUAGAUUUGAGAAGUCCACUCUGUGAGAUGUCACGAUGUAUUGUUAUCGGACAGACUGUCGACAUGCUGCUGCUGCUGCUUUGCUCAAAAUCUGAAAAUGUGUCUGCUCUCUUGACUUGAAAUAGACGAAAGCCACAAAUGGCUGUGCUUCCAAUUAUUUUUAAGGCUGUUAAGUUACAAGGGGUUUUACUCUUUAUCCUACGAAAGUUGGUGUUGUUAUCUUCACAUUUGGAGAUAAUCAACCCUUUAUCAGGAGUAAACAAAAACUCCCUUUUCUAUAUGUUUAUUAGAUUAUCAAUUCAUAGCUUUCAGUCAUGUGACUGUCGCAGAGGAUUGGAGGUCAAAAAGAGCUCAGGAAAGUAGCUGCCACCAUCAACACACUGAGGAGCUGAAACGCUGGCUUCACUUCAAGAGAACGCACGUUUAGGUCACCUGACAACCUCAGCAAAAAGUUGCUGUUAAUGUGAACUGCUAGUUUUUACACUUUCACUCCGCAACACUUUUUCAACUGCUAAAAAAAAAAAAAACCCAGAAAAGUCUUAGCCAGACCUUCACUUUGGUGAUGUUCACUCAUAUUUAGUGGAGCAUCCUUUCCCUUACACUGCUGCAGGAUGAACGUCUACAAACACCUUGACGUAAUUUUCGACGUGGCAGGGUCAGUUAUGUUGCUUUUUGAGAAGUGAAGGGCAAGAAAUUCAUCAUGAUAGCAUACAUACAUUAGCUAUCUAACGUUACCUGGCAAUCCUAUCAGGAUCACUGUCAGCUCUCACUCAGUCAGUGUUCUAGGUUAGUAAUCCGGGUAUGAAGUUAAGAGACAGGUUUAAAAUGCACAGAGACAUAUUAUAAACUUUUGAGGUUGCUAUGGUCAACUUGAUUGCCGAAAGUGUUUUGAGCUCUGCGACAGUCUCUAAAAAUAUCUGACUCAUGAGGUGCUCCGCCAUCUGAUGAGUCCGAAUUCAUCAGCUCAAAAUACCAAAGUCGCACCAUGCUCGGCUUGUAAUGUCAUUUAACAAAUGUGUCAUGAGAUCAACCUUUAAAAAAAAAAAAAAAACAGAAACUGGGAGCUGACUCCUAAAACACAACAUCAUUAGGCCGGAGGAUCCUGGUCUUGUUAAGCUGGGAAAGACGUUAAACGACCUCUAAAUAUUUAGCCUACUUUGACAUCUGAUGAGAAUUCCUGCUGUUCUUUAUUAUGUGAUAGAUAGUCAAAUAAAAAACUGUUGGUAUAAAAUGCUGGUUGAACAAAACAAAUAGUUUUCAGUGCAAAUGAGUGAUGUUGAUACAAUCAACAUAUCUAACUUUAAAACAGUACUAAUAUAUAUUUCUUUUGUAUAUACAUCGUAUUGUUGUUUCUAUCUGUAUUUAUCUUAUCUAUCCUGUGUAUUUUGUAUUACUUCCUUCUCUGUCUUGCUGCUGCAAUGCCCGAAUUUCCCCUCUGGGGAUCAAUAAAGUAUUAUCCUAAUAUCGUUUAAAUUUUGAUAUAGUAAGACUCGAUACAUUUUUUUUUUUUAAUGUUAAAGAUAAUAAUUCAAUAAGAUAAA